AUGGCUUGGCUCGCAGAAGCCCUGCCGUGUUUCCAUGUUUGUAGAUACCCUCUGGCCAAUCGUGGGAGAUCAUCACCUCUGGGCCUGGAACUGAUUUCGUAUGGCCUGGAAAUCUCCACAGAUUAUCAGCGCGUCAACACGUUGUUGUGUUUGAUUCUCCAGAUUCUUGAGUUCUGCGUAGGUUCUGUUGAGUUCACCAUGGCAGCAGCCUUCAACUGCGAUCUGUUAUGGCCAUCCAAAUUACGGAUAGUGUCAGACUGGAUGGACUAUGAAGCAUGGAUGAAAUCUAACUUUCAUAAUAGAGCGAGAUACGAUUUUCGACUGCUUGAGGAACUAUUUCGAUACAAGGUCGAAUGGUCGUUGACAAGGAACAUGAACGAUCACGCGAACACAAACUCGACCACAACAAUGCGCUCAAAGUUGACACUGGGAGUGACGAUAUUCAUCAACACAAAACUUGAAACAAACAUGGAAUAG